AUGAAGUUCCGUGAUGGUAUGUGGCUAGCCGCCGAGGGCAAGCGCCUUGAAUAUGCGGAAGAAGUCUACUCACUCGCCGAGAAAGAAGACGGGAAUGGAUUGAGUUUGUUUUGUCCAACGAGGAAGAUCCACAAUAGGUCUGAUUCCUUGAACCUCAGUACACUUACAAUAGACAUUGAAGCACCGUUCGAUGGGGCUCUCUCUGUUGAGACUACACAUUGGCUUGGAGCUCUCAAUCUAGGUCCACAUUUCGAACUCUUUCCUGCGGAAAAGCCAGAGGGUAAGGUAAAUAUUCAAAAGGCUGAGAAGUCAACCACUAUAUCGUCUGGUUCGAUCGCCGCGACAGUCAAGACUGCAGAUCAUGAUUUCGACAUCAAGUUUCAUGCCACGGACGGCUCCAAAGAGCUCACGUCUCUGCUCAAUCGAAGUGUUGGUUUUGCAUACAGUCCGGCGACGAGCAGUCCUAUGCAAUUGGCGGACAUGAGAAAACUGGACCACUACAUCUUCACACAGACAACGCUUUCGGUCGGCGAGUCCGUGCAUGGUCUGGGAGAAAGGUUUGGGGCUUUUAAUAAAGUUGGGCAAGCUAUUACCCUGUGGAAUGCAGAUGGUGGGACAUCCAGUGAUCAGGCGUAUAAAAAUGUCCCUUUCUGGAUCAGUUCCCGGGGGUAUGGAAUAUUCAUUGACACACCAGACAAGGUUGAACUUGAGGUUGGAAGCGAGAGGUGUUCUCGAGUUCAAACAAGCGUUCUUGGUCAACGCCUGAAAUGGUACAUUAUUUAUGGCCCAAGUCCCAAGGAGAUCCUUCAGAAAUACUCCAUAUUGACUGGAAAUCCUGGAAAGGUGCCGAGCUGGAGUUUUGGCCUGUGGCUCAGCACCAGCUUCACCACAAACUAUGACGAAUCGACUGUCAACUCAUUCCUCGACGGGAUGAAAGGUCGGGACAUCCCAGUAGAAGUGUUCCACUUUGAUUGCUUCUGGAUGAAAGCUUUCCACUGGUGUGACUUUGUCUUCGAUUCAGAGAUGUUCCCAGACCCCAAAGCACAAAUCGCGCGUCUCAAAUCAUCCGGACUCGUCAAGAAAGUCUGCGUAUGGGUAAACCCCUAUCUCGGCCAAGCAUCACCAGUCUUCAAGCUAGCAGCCCGUAAGGGGUAUCUCCUAAAGCGCAAGAACGGCGAUGUCUUCCAAUGGGAUCUGUGGCAGACUGGAAUGGGCAUCAUCGACUUCACCAAUCCAGAAGCGGCGCAUGGUACGUGGACGGACUUUGGCGAGCGUAUUCCAUCGCAGGAUGUUCAGUGGUUUGAUUCUUCUCUGGAUCCGAAGAAGAUGCAUAAUUAUUAUGCCUUCAUAUACAACAAAAUCGUCUAUGAGGCAUUGCAGGAUCGCUUUGGGAAGAAUGAAGCAGUGCUGUUUGCUCGUUCUGCAACAGCAGGAACCCAGCGAUUCCCUCUCCAAUGGGGUGGCGAUUGCGAAUCUACCCCUGAGGCGAUGGCCGAGUCAAUCCGAGGAGGGCUCAGUCUUGGGUUAUGCGGAUACUCGUUCUGGUCUGUUGAUAUUGGAGGGUUUGAAGGGUACCCGCCACCCUGGAUUUAUAAGCGAUGGGUUGCUUUUGGACUCCUUUGUUCGCAUAGUCGUUUACAUGGUAGCAAUUCCUUCCGAGUGCCAUGGACGGUUGACGACGAUGACACGACAGACCAAGGAUGCUCCAAGAUUCUGUCAAAAUGGACGGCAUUGAAAGCCCGUCUGAUGCCCUAUAUAUUUUCCCAGGCACAGCAGUCCGUCAAGCUGGGAAUCCCCCUGUCACUGCGUGCAAUGUGCCUCGAGUUCCCCGACGAUCCGACAUCAUGGUACCUAGACCGACAGUUCAUGUUCGGCGACAGCCUUCUCGUAGCACCCAUAUUCGAGGAGUCCGGUAAAGUAGAGUUCUACCUACCAAAGGGCCAUUGGACCAAUUUCUUCUCCGGCGAGACGAAACAAGGACCAGCUUGGUUCAAAGAAACGCACGAAUUUGAUACGCUCCCGUUUUACGUGAGAGAAAACUCGAUUCUGGUUCUUGGGAAACCGGGAGAGACAAAGACUGUAUAUGAUUAUAGUAGCGAUGUUGAGGUUCGUCUCUACCAUACGACUCCUGGGACUACAACAACCUUGGUGGAUUCGACUGGGGAUGAAAUUGGAGUUUUGGAGAUAGGUGAAAGUGGGAAACUGACCGAUCAGUCGGUGUUGCAAGGGAAUUGGAGUGUGACUAGUCAUCCGGGAGAGUGA